UCAGACAGGAAAAAAAUUAUCUAGUGCAAUGGCCCUUUAAAACUUCUGACAAAAGCCCAUAUGAUCCCCGAGCUCCAAUCACCAAUUCCUACUGCAAAAGCAGCCUCUGCAUUUUUGUCUGUCUGAAUGCUGCUAGCACGGCGAAAGAAGAAGAAGAAAAAAAAAAAAAAACAGUGAGGGGAAGGAAAACUGAAGAAAUGUGAAAAUCCAACGUACUAUUACAUGGCGAGCGGAAGUCCUGGGCAAAUGGAGGUUUUCGCGGACUCUUUCGAUGCUAGAGACCUCGGAUCAAAAUGCCGAUGCCGACGAGGACUUCCCUGAGCAGAAUUUGCUGGACAUACAGAAACUCUACUACAGUAAACCUCUGCUAUCCUCCCUUGCUCUACUAAAACCAUUGGAAAGUGGAGAGGACAGCUGACUUCCCCUCUGUUGAGUUCUUUCUGCUGGAGGAUGCAGUGCUACACUUUACUCGUUUAAUGGACAGGCUGAACGAACAGCAUCUCUACCAGCCUCACCUGUGCGACGUGGACCUCGUGCUGGUGUCCCACUGUACAUUUUCCGCCCACAAGUACGUGCUGAGUGUACACAGCCCAAACUUCCAGGCCCUCCUCUCUCAGAGUCAACCGCUGCACCAAAUAAACCUGGCCUUUGAGGUGCUGAGUAUCCAGAUCCUCAACUUCAUCUAUAUCUCCAUCUUUGAAGUGCUACAGGUGGCCAUUGUGCUCCAGAUGAGUGAUUUCUGCCACAAGCUACCUGGCUCCAAUGAGAUGGCUGACACAGACGAGCAGGGCAAUGCCUCGUCCAAUCAGAUGUACAAGAUGAAGGAGAUUGAGAAGAUGUACACACAGCAAGGAAAUGGUACUUUCUCAUUGCUUGUAGAGGAUAGUGGGGUCAGUAGGGAAAUUAUCCAGACACAUUCAUCUAGCGUCCACUCCAGCCCUCAGGCCAAACAUUUCUACAAAAAUGAUGACAGCAGAGGGGGAGUGGCUAGUGGAGGAGGGCGGGGCUUAUGCAAAAUAGAGGGAGGGGCCAGUUUCAAUGAAGCGGGAGCCCAGGAUGGUUCUGUCUCUUUUAACAGAGAGCAGAUUAUCGUGGAGGUCAAUCUCAACAACCAGACAUUGAAUGUUUCUAAAGGGUCCGACGGCAAGAGCAUCACCUCAAGUACCUCAUCCCUCCUCGUUCACCAUCGCACCAGUCCUUCCGGUGUGGAGGAGGGGAAGGAACGGGGCGAUAAUGAAGAUGUUGGUGAAGACGAAGAAGAAGAAUAUGAACAAGGAAAGGACGAGAUGGAAAAUUGCAGCGAUGAUGAGGACGAUGAGGAUGAGGAAGAGAACAACCUCAACAUUCCAGAAACAGGACACACCAGCGUGGGAAGACUGCGUGCCACGAGAAUACCAACUGGCACAGAUGCCGCCAUGAGACAGACAUUAAUCGACGCCACACUAGGGGAAGGGAGGAAGAGGAGAAAAGAGCAGGAGAGUCUGGGGCAGAAGGUGAAGCUCGAAGAAAAGCAGCACUUUUCCUGCAAGAAGUGCCCUCGUAUUUUUAACAACCGCUGGUACUUGGAGAAGCACAUGAACGUCACACACAACCGUAUGCAGAUCUGCAAUAAAUGCGGCAAGCGCUUUUUACUGGAGAGCGAGUUGCUGCUACACCAUCAGACAAACUGUGAGAAAAACAUACAGUGCGUGACUUGUGGAAAAGCCUUUAAAAAGCUGUGGUCUUUACACGAACACAACAAGAUUGUCCACGGAUAUGCCGAGAAGAAGUUCUCUUGUGAAAUCUGUGAAAAGAAAUUCUACACCAUGGCACAUGUCCGGAAACACAUGGUUGCUCACACUAAGGACAUGCCGUUCACUUGUGAGACGUGUGGGAAGUCCUUCAAACGCAGCAUGUCUCUUAAAGUGCACUCUCUCCAGCACUCUGGAGAAAAGCCCUUCAAGUGUGAGAACUGCAGUGAAAGAUUCCAGUACAAAUACCAGCUGAGGUCACAUAUGAGCAUCCAUAUCGGACACAAGCAGUUCAUGUGCCAGUGGUGUGGGAAAGACUUCAACAUGAAGCAGUACUUUGAUGAACACAUGAAGACCCACACUGGAGAGAAACCAUAUAUCUGUGAGAUCUGUGGAAAGAGCUUCACGAGCCGGCCCAAUAUGAAACGGCACCGCCGCACUCACACUGGCGAGAAACCAUACCCCUGUGACGUCUGCGGACAGCGUUUCCGCUUCUCCAACAUGCUCAAAGCUCACAAAGAGAAGUGCUUCCAGGUCAGCAACCCCAUGGUAUCUGAUACCACCAACCUUCUGGGCCUGGAGCCCACGUCAACUGAUAUGGACACACCAGCCAAUCAGUUACCCAGCCACCCUAUGACCCCUCCUGGAGAGGCAUCCAGUCUCCACCAGGUCAAGUCGCUCUCGCUUCCCUUCGUUCACUCUAUCGUAGGUCAUCCCUCUCCCCCGACCCUGUUUUCCACUGAAAGGGUGAACUCCGGUAACAACUAGUUUUGAUUUUAAGGUUCCUUUGAUUGUUUAAUGUCUGAAACCCAAAGCUUGCAGUAGCUUCCCUUGAGCUUUUUGAUUCACAUCCAAUGUGAAUCACUCUCAUAGGGGUUUCCAAACAUGCUGAGCGAGGUCUAAAAGACUUCCGGCAGGUGUUUGAACAGUGUGCGACACUGAAUAUUCCUUUUAAACUGUGCAAAUUUUCACUUAUCUUAUUCUCAUAGAGAUAUUUUAUAUACUGUUCAAAUAAGCUUCUCGUAUAACAGAAAGAAAACAAAUGUUCUCAUUAUUUUUGUUGAUGUUUUUGAUGCAGUUUUUGUGAGCUACAGGAUUAGCAGUUAGCACUGCAUUUCUGCAUUUCACAUGCUCUUGAUAUGGUCACCGUGGUUUUGCCAAGUAGACAUGUUCUUGGAUCAACAUAUUUUGAAAAUUUAGUCCUAACCCUAUCUCUACCCCGAAACCUAACCUCACCCAUAACCUAUCCCUAAAAUCAGAGGGAAAAGAUAGGUAAAUAACACUGAUGUAAAAGCACCUAACCCUGGUUGUAAGCCUAAACUUGACAUAAACUGUAAACUUGUCCCUCAAAUCUGAUUGGUUGAUUGGAACGUUGUACCAGGAUCAACAAAGAUGUUGAUCCAGGAACAUGUACUUGGUAAAAUCACGUUCACCCUUUUACUAUAGUUGUUCAUGCUUUGUCGAUUUCAUCUAACUAGUGGAGAUUCCCAUUAGCUGCAUUACAAAAUACAAAUACGUAUUGAACUCACAGCAGAGGGCGCUGUGGGACGUGAGCAAAUAGCUCUUUAGCCAAUAAACAUGUAGCAGCUGUGUCCCCCUGCCAUAACCAAAUCCAGAUGUAUCGCAGUAACCAAAUCCUGUUAGCUUAUAUGUUAUUACUGAAUAUGAAAUGUAUAAUCACUCCAGCACCUUAUUUUUAAUCGUAGAUGUAUUUAUAUUGUCCUGUCUUCUUCGUAUUCUGAAAGUUAAAAUUUUGCCACAUGAGGUCCUCUGAUAUUUGCAGAGGUUUGUUUUGUGAAGCGUCUGUGCAGGGCACAGGUUGGGCGGUUGGUUUGUAUCAAAGGUUAUAUGUAGCAGAGGCACUUGAGAAAACCUUUAUUAUUUUUAAAAAUCCCAAAGACGGAUGUUUUCGCAAUUUUUUUUUUUUUCUCUCUAUAAUAUUUUACAAUUUUCAGAGCACUUUACUCUCAGUGUUGGCCAUAUGUGUAAUGGCAAAAUCUGAAAUGCCUAAACCACUUAUGAAGGAAUGAGUGUGAAAUGAAGUGUGUUUUAUUUGCAUGGAGGCAAUAUCAAACCUGGAUAAGCGCCAGGGUGUGUUUGGUUCAAAAAUAUGUGUUGAAUGUCUGAAAUUCUUUAUGGUACACACAACAGGUUUAUCAGCUAUUUUUUUACAGUGAUUUAUCAGUCAUCAUUAAUGCUUUCAUUUAUUUUUUUUUCCACUUUACACUAUUUUAUGAUGGAUUUAAUGACAGUGGGCCUGAAUAACUUUUAGAAAGUGAAGGUUUCAGUAAUCAAAUGAUGGAAAUCAUGUUAUUGUUUUGUGCCCUAAAAAUGUAAUUAUGUAGCAAACUAUUAGACCCGCCCUCUGGGACUCGUAUAGGCUGUAAGAUGGUCUUGUUGAGAGACCACAUAGAAUCUGAAAAGAGUUUAUAGAGAAUUUGUAAAAAUUUCCUUACCCAGUGUCAGAAAGGAUUUAUAUAGACAAAAUAUAGUUGAAGAAAACACUCUAGGAAAACGUAGUAGCUAUAAUAGGUAUUAUCCAAUAUAAAUAUUUAAAUAUAUAUUUACACACACAUAUACAAUAUAUAUAAAUAUACAUAGUCUGUAAAUAAAUUCUGUGUCAGUUUUUGUUUAAUCAGUUUUCUUUGUUUACAUACUUUAUAGAGUCAAAUGAAUGUGGUGAGAUGUGGAGGUCAGCAUUCAUGAAAGAGCUUGCAAGAUUUUUAUAUAGGGAAUAAGCUCUAGAAUUUUACCUUCUUACCAUCUUAAAUAUUAACUUGCCAUGUUCACAGUAUAUCAGUCAUGUUUCUGGGUUAAGAAAAUGCAGCUUAAUGCAAGCAAUGGCAAGUGGUUUUAAAUGGUACGUUUAUUUAAGAAGCCAUGUUUCUGAAAGUCCCGGCAGAAUGAAGAGUUACAUAUGGAAGCUUGUUUCUGCCACAGAAUAGAACAAUUAAAAAGGUAAUUGCGUCUUUAUGUCACAAUUGUCUUUUUUCUUGCAAUUGCAAGUUUAUAUCUCAUGAUUGUGAGAAAAAAGUCAGAAUUGCGAGUUUAGUGUAUCUCUAAAUUCUGAGGAUACGAAGUCAGAAAUGUGAGUUUAUGUCUCAGAAUUAUAUCUCGCAAUUCUGACUUUUUUUCAGAAAUUAAAACACACAAUUCAAAACUUAAACUUCAGAAACUCGCAAUUGCGAGUUAUAAAGUCUGAAUUGCGAAAUGUGAACUCCCAAUUCUGAGAAGAAAAGUCAUAAUUGUCUGACAAAAACUCGCAAUUACCCUUUUUUAUUUUUUUAUUUUUUAUUCCGGGGUGGUUAACAAUCUGCAUAGUUAAUGGAACAGUUUAAUGACAGCAUUUUAAUUUUUGUCUAAACUUUCCCUUUAAGUUUGGAAUGGAAUUGUAGAAGUUCUGGAAUUAUUUAAAAUAAAUAAAUAAAUAAAUAAAUAAAAAAACAGAGCAUAACAUGCUAGGUGUCUAGAAUUUUUUAACAAUUAGACCCACGGUAAUUGGCAAUAUUCUGCAUUGGUCAAUAUGUUUUAUCUCUGUAUCUGUAACUAGUCGGUGUGGCGGUCAUAACCAGCUAAUUGUAGAGGCACCAUAACAAACCUGCCUUAAGUGUGUAGUGAAUAGAGUUGCCAUGAUCAUGAAUGUGUAGAUUGAAAUUACAGUGGUAUGAUUUGGGAAGAUAAUGGUGAUCUAACCUUUUAAAAGCUCUUUUAAAAAAGGAUUUUUUUUUAAUUUAGCAGUGCUGUGCCAGAGGAUUCUUGUUUAAGCCUUUUUAUGGUUUUGCCACAGAUAUGUUGUUUGUGUUCUUUACAUGUUUUUCAGUGUCAUAUUGCACCUUAUACCCAGCUCACUUUAUUACAGUGUCCUCAAUUCUUAGGAUCUCAAUACAAUGAGGAUGUUUAUCUUUUUAAAGCCCCUUUUAAUAUUAAACAUGUUUCAUCUCAUUUUCCUAACAAUAUUGUUAAAAUAUUAAAAACUUCCCCUGAAAGUUUUCUAUAGCACUUGCUUUGUCUUAUCACAAGGUGAAUCAACACAGAAUUCACUUUUUCUUUUUUCUUUUUUUUUGUGUGUGUGUGUGUGUGCACUUUAUUUGAAUAUUAAAGAUAUGGUACAAGGUUUUAGAUUAAUUUCUCUCUCUCUCUCGCUGUCUCUCUCUCUCUCAGGCUGCGUUUAAGUUCAAUUUUUUUAUGCUCUUCCAUCUCUAACUUCCUACUAUUUACAGUUUUUUUUCCUUAUGAAUUUGUUCCAUAGGCCUGCAUGUAUGCUUGGGCUUUUGGAGAAAAUAUAAAAACAUUACACAAACUAAAAUGACGACAAUACAAUAAAUUAUAACAGUAAGCUUAUGGUAGCUACAAGUAUUAUGUGGUUAAAUGUCAAAAUAACUCCAGUAUCAAACACUAGAGUUGUGUGGGGUAAAUUAAGCGUGAUCUGCUGUGACGUCACAAUCAUGUUGCAUUGUGGUCUAUGGAUCUGCCUGAAGUGUACAUCUUGAGUAGACUCGCUCCCUUGGUCAAAAAUCGAGGGGUUGAGGGUCUGUCCAGAUAAACUUCCCUCGCCCACUUGACAAAGUUGAACGCACUUCAAAAUGGCGUCAGGGAUUCUCCCAAUGGGAAGUGCUUAGGGAAGUAUGUCUAAAAGUGGAGUUAAACGCAGCCUUAAACUAAUGUCUUAUUAUUUUACAUGAAGUGAAAUUGCACAGAUGUAAACCUCCAUCUUUGGAGAUAUUGUAGUAUGAAAAGGGCCAUUGAAGAGCUAAAAUUUGAAUUGAAUUUGUGCAUCUAAAAGAACAUGUUUCUCUUACAGGUUGUGAGGGAGUGUAAAAGGUGGAAGUCUUUACAAUUUUUUAUGUUUUGCGUACUUUACUAGUGUGUAUUAUUCCUAGUUUGCUGCUUAUUAAGAAAGACUUGGGAUGCUUGUGGCCUUUUCAUUAUUUAAGUGAUUUUGGAAAGGAAGAAAGAUUUAUAUUAAGAAGGAUUUGUCUGUUAUUUUAGUUUGUUCUGGUGUGUGCUAUCCUUUGUAAUAAAUCAUAAGUGAUAGCAAGAGAUGAUUUGCACUUCAGAAUUUGAGAAGUUUUUCUUAUUGUCUGUUUAAUUUUUUUAAGAAAAGACUCACCAUGCAGUUAUCUUGGAAAGACAUUAUAAAACCAAACUCAAGAAAUAUAUUCACUUUUUUCCUAAACUAGCACUCAACAUGUAAUACUUAAACUUAACCAUACUUUCAGUGUAUUAAAACAAUCAUGAGUGUGACUGUUCCUACCUUUUAAUUCUAUACGCUAGUAUGUCUUGGUUAACUUUGUGUACAUGCAGUUGGCAGUUGUGCUGGUUCUGUCAGCAGAAUACUAAACAAUUCUAAGACUAGAGUCUAGCGGUGCUAAUAAAAUGAGGCUGUAUUUUGUCAUUUAUUGUAUUGGGUAGUAUUUAUUGUCUGUAACAUAAUAAAAUGAUAAUUUCAAUAGUGAACUAAAUGAAUCAUCACACCAAGCA